GUCAGGGGGCGGCGGGUGUGCGCGGGGACGGGCGGCCGUUCAUUCCGGGAGCCGCGCCCAGCGCAUCCCCACCUGCGGAGAUGGCUGCGGGCCCUGCGGAACUCAAGAUAGUUUACACUUGAAGGGUACUUGAACAAAUCUAGAACACCUGUUAACUUGAGUCAAGCUGGAAUUCAUGUGAAAAGCUGAGCAUUUGCUUCCUGGCUGCAGGGAAAAGAUUCUGCUUUCAGUUAUCGGAGAUGGUGAUUUGAAGAAUCAGGUUUCCGAUAUGAACAAAGGAAAAACAUCAUCUGAAAAAAGUGUUUCCACCAGUUCUCGGACUAUGUCUCUGCUGUCACAGCUGGAGAAGAUAAAUUUGGACUCUGUAUUAGGAGAAGCAGACAAUGCCAGAUAUGUUACCUCAAAGAUCCUUCAUCUGGUUCAGAGUCAAGAAAAAACCAGGAAGGAGAUGACUUCUAAGGGCUCUACUGGAAUAGAAGUUAUCCUGUCAACCCUAGAGAAUACAAAAGAUCCUCAGACUAUUCUUAAUAUAUUGAACAUUCUCAUUGAGGUAGUCUCAGUUGGUGGUGGUCGGAGAGCAGGCGUCUUAGUCACUAAAGGAGGGACACAGAUCUUACUGCAGCUGCUUUUGACUGCCAGCAAAGACUCUCCACCAAAUGAAGAAUUAAUGGUGCUUCUUCAUACUCUUCUAGCAAAAAUUGGUCCAAAAGAUAAAAAGAUUGGCAUGAAAGCAAGAAUUAAUGGUGCCCUAAAUAUAUCAUUGAACUUAGUGAAGCAGAAUUUGCAGAACCCCAAGCUAAUAUUGCCAUGUCUUCAAGUAUUAAGAGUUUAUUCAACUAACUCUGUAAAUGCAGUGUCCUUGGGAAAGAAUGGAGUGGUAGAACUGAUGUUUAAGAUCAUUGGCCCUUUUACUAAAAAGAACACUAGCCUUAUGAAGGUUGCAUUAGAUACACUUGCUGCAUUGCUAAAAUCAAAAACAAAUGCCAGGAGAGCAGUAGACAGAGGAUAUGUCCAGGUGCUUUUAACGAUUUAUGUUGAUUGGCACCGUCAUGAUAGUCGACACAGAUACAUGCUGAUACGGAAAGGAGUUCUACAGUGCAUUAAAAGUGUUACAAACAUCAAAUUGGGAAGAAAGGCAUUCAUUGAUGCCAAUGGGAUGAAAAUUCUUUACAACACUUCACAAGAGUGCCUUGCAGUAAGAACUCUUGACCCCCUUGUCAACACAUCCAGCCUAAUAAUGAGAAAAUGUUUUCCUAAAAAUCGUCUUCCUUUACCAACUAUAAAAAGUGCUUUCCAUUUCCAACUCCCAGUUAUUCCUUCCAGUGGUCCUGUGGCUCAGCUGUACAAUUUGCCUCCUGAUGUGGAUGAUGUAGUGGAUGAAAGUGAUGAUAACGAUGAUGCUGAAACAGAAUCAGAAAUCGAAACUGAAAAUGAUGACGACAAGGACCAACAUUUUAAGAAUGAUGAUAUUGAAACUGAUAUUAAUAAACUGAAACCUAGACAAGAAUUGGGAAGACCCCUUGAAGAACUGAAAAUGUAUGAGCAAUUUUUCCCAGAACUUUCAGAAAACUUUCAGGAAUAUGACUUAAUUUCCAAGGAACCAAAGCCUUUUGUACCUGAUGCAAAUCUGAGUGGACCUAUUGUUGUUCCUACAGCAGGAGAGGAGCACUCUGCUGAAGCAAACCAGUCCACAAAAGGAGUUGCUUUGAAGGAGAGCAAUCCUUUAUUGACAGAGGAAUACAAUAGAAGGCCAGCCUUUCUGGAACUACCAAAGAAAGAUAAUAUCAAAGACAGUAGUUUACAUCAGCAAAAUGAUCAAAGAAACCUGCUUCCCUCAUGUCAGUGUCUAAGCCAAGAAAUUGUGAAAGGCUUGGACAGAAUCAGUCUGCAGAACAGUGCAAAAAAUGAUCAGUGUUAUGGUACAGGGUGUGUAACAAAGAAGGAAAGCAAACCUAGCCUUACCCCUCUUGCUUCUAGUAAACCUUGUGGCCAUGUUUCACCCUGUGGAAGUAGUCUCUUUGAAGGAUCAUCUGUUCAGCUGGGAAAACUUUGCUGCACUGGAGUGGAUUCAGAGGAGGAGGAGGAUUCCAGAUCUAGUUCAUCAGGGGAACAAGUCAUGCUUGAGGUUUCUGAUGUAUCACCAGUUCAUGACUGUGAUCUUUACAUUGAAAUGGUAAAAAACACAAAAUCUAUUCCUGAAUAUUCAGAAGUGGCCUAUCCAGAUUAUUUUGGCCAUAUUCCACCCACAUUUAAGGAGCCUAUUCUGGAAAGGCCGUAUGGGGUGCAGAGGACAAAAAUCUCUCAAGAUAUUGAAAGACUGAUUCAUCAAAAUGACAUUAUAGACAGAGUUGUGUAUGACCUUGAUAAUUUGAGUUGUUCAGUACCGGAGGAAGCAGAUGUUUUGAAGUUUAAUUCCAAGUUUGAAUCUGGAAACCUGCGGAAAGUUAUUCAGAUCAGAAAGAAUGAGUAUGAUCUAAUACUGAACUCGGAUAUAAAUAGUAAUCAUUAUCAUCAGUGGUUUUACUUUGAAGUCAGUGGAAUGAAAACUGGCAUUGGUUACCGGUUUAACAUCAUCAACUGUGAAAAGUCAAACAGUCAGUUUAACUACGGUAUGCAGCCCCUCAUGUAUUCUGUUCAAGAAGCAUUAAAUUCUCGACCAUGUUGGACUCGUGUUGGGACAGAUAUUUGUUACUACAAGAAUCACUUUUCAAGAAGUUCAAUUGCUGCUGGAGGUCAAAAAGGGAAAUCUUAUUACACAAUUACAUUCACAGUGACUUUCCAACAUAAAGAUGAUGUCUGCUACUUUGCUUACCAUUAUCCAUAUACAUACUCAACUUUAAAGAUGCAUCUUCAGAAGCUGGAAUCUAUGCACAACCCUCAACAGAUAUAUUUUCGACAAGAUGUUCUCUGUGAGACCCUGGCAGGCAACAGCUGUCCCUUAGUCACUAUUACAGCCAUGCCAGAGUCCAAUUACUAUGAACAUAUCUGUCAGUUCAGGAAUCGUCCUUACGUUUUCCUAUCCGCUCGUGUACAUCCUGGAGAGACGAAUGCAAGCUGGGUCAUGAAGGGAACACUGGAAUACCUUAUGAGUAAUAAUCCAAGUGCCCAAUGUUUACGAGAAUCUUACAUUUUCAAAAUUAUUCCUAUGCUCAAUCCAGAUGGCGUCAUCAAUGGAAACCACCGUUGCUCUUUAAGUGGAGAAGAUUUAAACAGACAGUGGCAAAAUCCAAAUCCAGAUCUGCAUCCCACUAUUUACCAUGCUAAAGGGUUACUGCAAUAUCUGGCUGCUAUAAAACGUUUACCUGUGGUUUACUGCGAUUAUCAUGGUCACUCUCGUAAAAAGAAUGUAUUUAUGUAUGGCUGCAGCAUCAAAGAGACAAUGUGGCACACAAAUGUUAAUGCUUCCUCUUGUGACCUGAUGGAAGACCCUGGUUACAGAGCACUCCCCAAGAUCCUGAGUCAAACUGCCCCAGCAUUCUGCAUGGGCAGCUGCAGCUUUGUAGUGGAAAAGUCUAAGGAAUCUACAGCACGAGUUGUUGUCUGGAGAGAGAUAGGAGUACAAAGGAGCUACACAAUGGAAAGCACGUUAUGUGGAUGUGACCAGGGCAAAUAUAAGGGAUUGCAGAUAGGGACAAGAGAACUGGAGGAGAUGGGAGCAAAGUUCUGUGUUGGCUUACUGCGUUUGAAAAGAAUGGCCUCUCCUUGGGAAUACAACCUGCCUUCUAGUCUGUUGGAUAUUGAAAAUGAGCUGAUUGAAUCAAGCUGUAAAGUGACAAGCCCCACUACAUACGUUUUGGAUGAAGACGAGCCUCGCUUUCUUGAAGAAGUUGAUUACAGCGCAGAGAGUAAUGAUGAUCAAGACAUUGAGUUAGCUGAUAAUGCGGGUGAUUAUGAGGCAACUAACCAAGAAGAUGGACUUUCAGACUCAGAUUCAACAAGGAUACUCCUUUCUUGAAUGAUCUUUGCAGCUGGUAAUAGGAAAUUAAGUGUCCUGGAUUUUCAUAGUCACAAACUUCCUCACUUUUAUCUACCAAGGGGAUAUGUUUAAGCAAACACAAAUACUGGGCCCUGCCUAGCUCAAGGACAAUAAAUAUUUCUGAUAAAUUUGCAUUUGUUUUAUUUAAGGAGUUCUGUGUUUUCUUUUAGCACUAAAUAGAUAAAUUUAUUUACCAGUUCAUUUUCUACUAAGUAGCACCGCAUGGCAUUUUGUGUCCUACUUUCAGAAAAUUGGAUUAAAAUUUCUGGUGUGUCAGAGUACAGAAACUAAGUAUUUGUGGUGCGGUUCUUCAAGUUGCUUCCUGAAAAAUAUAUAUGUACAGAUUUUCUAAAUUAAUUUGUGUAUGUGUGUGUAUAUGCGCAUGUGUAUACUGAGGUAAAGAGGUUAUUUUUCAACAUUAUUUCAAAGAUACUUGAUUGUGUUUAAAGUAAUGUAGUGCCUGCUCUGGAACCAUUCAAUAAUUACUAAAUUAAAAAUGAAGAAGUGAUGUAUGAAUUGUUGCACUUGUUUCUUGCUUCUGAUGAUUAUAUGGUUUUGCCACAGUACUACAUGAAAAUAUAUAAUUGUUCACAGUUCAGGAGUUUUGCACAGUGACUUAUGCAGCUUGUGCUUACAAGAACUAUACACUUGUAUAAAACUCUUUCCCAUAAAAUAGGCACGGUCUAAUAUGAAGAGAUUGGGUUUGUUAAGUGUACAUGACUACAAGAAGUGGUUAGACACAUACACUGUAUGUCUGUUCAGCUGCUCAGUUGCUCAGUUUUUCUCGUUCAGUAUGCACGUAGUGAAAAAGAGUUCAGUUUACUGGGGGCACAUUAACUAUAUACCCAAUUCAAGUGCUUUAAGAGGGGAAAGUGCAUUUUGGUUUAAACAUGUUUUGUGUGGUCUGAAUCCAAUGUUUACUCUGCUCUGAGAAGGAUAUUAGACUGUAACUUCCUGAGGUCUCUCCCAGCCUAAAUAAUUCUGUGAUUCUGUAUUCUUCACCUUUAAAGUCAAGCUGUCAGGCAUAGGAUUUACACGUUAUCCUCUUUCCCUGUCAUCUACUAAUUCUCACUGCCUCUGCAGUGAGAAUAAGACCUAACAGAGAAACGAAGUUGUACCCUGUUGUUUACAGACUGACAUGUUUUGCAAUGAAAAAUAUUUUUCCAAAAUUAUUUUUACUUGGUGUGACCCAGUUGUGGCAUUCAUUUUCUGCUGCAUGUGCAAGAGCAUGAAGAAUAACACUUCUAAGUUACAGUAGGUUUUUAACUGAUAAGAACAUUGUGUAUGUUUACUGUCACAAAUAAAACUGUAUUUUGGAGGGGGAGAGUGCCUUUGGUAGAAGGGUAAAAAAAAAAAUAAAUUGAAGAUAAUUAAAUGUUUCAGUAUGGAGAUGGAUUUUGACCAGGAUCUGCUGUUUUGUAUGCAGCAUUUGUUGAUGAUGCCUCUACAUGCCAUCCUGAUUCUGAAACUGGGGAAGGGUUUUUAAUCCCUUGUGAUAUGCGACUGUAUUUUUAUUUAAAAGCUUAAAUUUAUAUUAAUAACCACAUAGUUUUGAGAUGUAAGAGUACAAUGGGAACAUUUACGUUCUUGUCCCUUUAUAACCCUUAUUGAAAAUUGUAAUUCCUUAUGUUCUGUACUGUGAAUAAGAAAUCUUAUUUAAUAAUUAACCCUGUUGAAGAGGAGCCCUCUGCAUUGAAACUGUAAAGGAAUUUGGGAAUCUGCCAAAGAGAAGGAUUAACGUUGCCACAGAAUUUGGACUGUCUUUAAGUCAGCCCAGUGAGAGCAGAGCAGAAAGUUUAUAUUGCUGUGUCAGUCUUACACUAGUUACCUGCAUAAAUAGAUCUUCAUCCUUAAGGACUCGUACUGCAGUACCUUACAUAAAUAAUUUUAACUUAAAUUUCAUGGGGUGCAGGAUGCCACAUGUUAGUUAACCCCAUUGUGCAUUUCUCCUUAGUUUCAUAUGAGUCUGUAUUAAUCCUGGAUAUUUUCAUAAUACAGGCAAGACUAGAAAUGUACUUCAUUCGUUUAGGAAGAACUAUGGCUUAGUACUACAAAAUCAUCUUUUCAUCCUGAGUAAAUGUGCAUACACGUUCUUCUCAUGUCUUCUGUAGCUUUUAGUCUGUGCAAGGAAGGAGUUAUGAAUGACUUAUAUGAUGGCUCAGGAUAACAGGCACUUUUCCUAAAACAGUAAUGUGGCGUUUGUACAUCGAUGCUCUUACGCAUUAGAUGAGACGCACGCGUUUGACUGGAUGAGAUGUGGGUUUGGCAGCUGUGGGUCUAAACUUCUACCAGUGCAGUUCCCAUGCAAGAGUGAAACUUUGUCCUUCACCUUACAGGGGGUUGAAAAUGCAAAGGCCAUUCCCUCUGACACCUUCUGUGUCACUUCUUAGCGUGCCUUCCGAAAGGCGGCGUCUCCGUCCGUGCUCACAGGGAAGCCAGUUGGUGGGGAGAGCUGCCACAGUGGGAGCUGCUUCACUCGGUUCAUCCCUUCUCUACCCCGUGCUGGCAGCAGUGCUGGGAGACACACACUGGUAUCCCCUCUUAUCUCUUUUGGUGGGAAGUCUGGUGUUUAGCUGAAAAUGGAACAGCUGAAGCUUGAGCACGCGCUCCGUUCUGUUACUGUGGCAUUCACCCCAAAUAAAUGGGCAGAAUGGAUAGCAAAGAAUGGCAGCUUCUUGAACUGUCAUAAAUCAGUCACCUGUACCAGACAAUCAGCUGUCUUUAUGCUUUGGCAUUCCAGUGCGUUUCUGUUUUUAAAUGAUGCUGUUUACUAUUAAAGCAUGACUGAUCUUGCAUAAGAAGAGAAGAUGUUCUUACCCCUUUUUCCAGUAAUAACACCAAAUAAGGUUAUAAACAAUAGUUACAUCUGUGUUACCUACUGUAAUUGCUGGGUGGUUAAUUACUUUAUUUCCCUUUCAGGUAUAAUUCAAGUUGCAGCACAAAUUUUGGUAUUGUGUCUUGACUGGUGACAUCCUCUGGUGUAAUGUAACUUACAGCUAAGACUGCAGUUUGUGCUAAAAUCUAGCCUGGUCAUUUUUGUAGGUGGAUUGCUUUAUCAGCCUGACUUAGCAGGGAGAACUGGUUUGAAUCUCAAAUUAAGACUGCAGCAGCAGCAAACACUGUUCACAAAAUGCACAAAUUCAAGGUUUCAGAUAGGUUCUGUUGUAAUGCUGUGAUAGGUAUAAUUGUUGCAGUGUUAUUAUGCAUGCCCCAAAUAACAGUACUGAUUAAUAAAAAUACAUAAUAAAGAAUUAAUUGCAAUCA